UUAGAAUGGAUCAACAACGCUAGAACAGAUGAGGAUUCUGGUUCCAUUUGGAGAGAGAGAGAUUAAGUUUCUCAGGAGAUCUGGCACGCCAAAGUCAGAAGGCCUCUUGAGCACUAUUCCUUCAAAGUAAGCUUUCAAUAGUGCUCAAAGAAUUUCAUAAUGUGUUUGUGUGAACAGGCCUCUCAAUCGAUCUUACAGUCAAAGCUGUCGAAAGUUUUCUCAGGGUGGGGACUUGGAAUUUAUAGUUCCAGGGACUCAAUUUUCAUCGGAGAAUUGCGAGCCCAGAAAGCGAGAGUUUGGUGGAAGAUGAACGAAUCAUCGCAGCCGUUCGUCAAGCUACCGACAGUGGGCGAUAAUGCGAGAAAAUCGCUGCCCGUCGAUUGGCCCCGAUGCGAGAAUGCUUUUUCCCGCGUGGACGCGGUGGAUGGCGCCACGUCGGCUAACUGGCAACGUGCGAUUGAUUUCAAGGCUUGAUAUAUAGGUUUCGCUGCUGGCAUUUUCUUUGAUUGAUAGAAGCGUUCUUCCUUCUCUUGGGAUAUCUUGCUCGCCAUUCCCUGUGCUCGCGAGAUUUCGAUGAGCUCUCGAUCGAUGCGAGGAGCUGUUCUAGCUAGAUUUCGUGGCUGUUCUCCUCAGGAUCGCUCUUUGCCCUAGGGAAUUUGCUGCUCGCGGUCGUCGCGAUAGAAUGUCGGCUGUUCUCUCCAGGCGCACGACUCCAGUCCGGGGAUUAUCGCUCAAAGAUUGCGAUCCAGAGCGGCUCGUUGCUCCGUCUUCCUGCAUUCUCGACGGGAGCUUCGAAUCCCCGAGCUCUUCCAGCGAUGAGGACUGCGAAAUAUCGGUCCCAGGGGAUGAUUCUUCCUCGGCAUUGCGGCUGCCGUAUACUCCACCGCGAAAGAAAUGGGAGGUGUCGGUGAAGAAUGGGAUCGUUACGACGAAGGAGGUGAGUGUAGAUGAAGAGAUAUCACAAUUCAGCGGAGACGAGGAGGAAGAAGUGAACGAUUUCAGCGAGGACGCUUAUCUUUGCGAGGCUGUUCUAAGGUCCGUGUUCGCUGUCUCGUCGCCCGCAAGGAGCCUGGACGAUAGACUGGCCGAUGCAGAGACUGUGACUGGCGCCUUUUCGACGAUCGAUCGCGCCAUGCUCCACAGCGUGAAGCUCCGAGCCCAGAAAGCGGCACAGUAUCGUCGAGCAGAGCUCUCGCUUUGGCUGGACGCGCUGCAAAACAAUCAACUCCAGUCCGUCAACCUGGACCAAUUCGAGGACCCUCAAAUUUAUGAGCGCUGGAAGCAGCAACAAAUGCAAGAGGUUUCCACGCUGAUUGCGAAGCUCGGUGAGCGUCCAUCUUUCUCUGGCUUUGUCCAAGUGGACGUGGUUUCGGUGGACAAUCUUAAGCCAUUGGAGGUGGGCUGCGUGUCGCCUUUAAGUUGCAGCAGGGAAGCUUUAAAGCAGCUCCAUGUUUAUUCGUCGGUCACUGUCUUGCCGAUGCGAUCUGGAUCAGAAAAAUUCGGCACGGGUGAUCUUGGGAAAGAGCCGACUCCUGCUUUUUUAACUGACGUUGUUCCCAGUACCGGGAAUGCUGAAUGGCAAGCAGCAUCGCCAUGGAUUCGCGUGAGCAGUGUGCAGGACAAAGUGCUUAUAGAAGUCUGGGACAGACAAAUAGGGGGGUCAUCUUUCAGAGCGUCUGGAAAAUCCAAGCUCAAGAAGGUGCUUCGGAGUAGGAGCUCCAGUAGGAGCCUGAAGGUGGCGCCUUGGAAUCAAGAUCCGUUCCUCGGACAAGUGAUUGUCUCUUUCAGUAACAUCGAGUCUCAAGCACUCAGCCAGGGUGUUAUGCAAGGAAAGACUCCAUUGAUGUCAUACAUGCUAGCGGAUGAGAAGGGACGACAGAAGACCAGUGGAAUACAACUGCGAUUUUCUUGUUCGUGCGAAAGAUUUUACAGAGAUGCUCCUUCCAACAAAUUACUCUUGAGACCACCGGUUCCAGAUGUCGAGAAAGCAUUUGAUGCUCUAGUAUCCAUGGCCUACAAGCCACAAAAGAAAGGCAACGUUGACGUUGCUGCACAGUGGCAUGGUAUUGUGGCUGGCUUUGGUUUUCACUAUCGGAUACGUAAGCAAAGAUGCAGCCUGGGUAUUGUGAUGGUUUUGGCACGGAAUUUCCAUAUUAACGUCCAUAUCCUGUCCUCCAUUGUGGAAGAGUGGCUUCCUGUUUGUGACUCAGCACGAGGAGGACAGCUAACGAAAGACGAGCUUGGAUUACACACAGCAGUGGUCUCGAUGCUCGUAAAACCGGCUAUUGAUGCGAUUGAGAACUUUCAGACUGUUUUUGCGCAAAAUCAACCAUCUGGAGCACUAUCAUGCCUUCUCAAGUUGUUGGGCCUUGUUCUCCGCUGGGAUCCGGAUCCUAAAGAGAUUCUCAUUCCACUGAAAAGCUGGAUAAAGAACUCAUGCGAGAAAAGAUUUUAUCACCACCUCUUUGGCGGCAUUUCUUCCACUCAACAACCUACAGAGAUUUCUCUUCAGCAUUUGUCAAAUGUCAUAAAACUGGUGCAUGGGGACGUAACGGAGUUAAGAACUUCUUUCAAAGAUACAUUUCCUGAGGCAGUAUCUUUGACUGCUGUAGCUGUUCCUGUCUAUUACAAAUUGGUGUCCGCGUACGUAAUAAACUGUAUCCGGGUGGCACAAGUGAAGAUGUUUACUAAAGAUUGUGAGAGUUUGAUAAUGGAAAUGCUGUCUUUUCAUAAGGACAUUGAAUUGGCCGGUGAAAAAUGCGAGCUUCUGGAUCUCCAUGGGAUAUUUGGAGACCACAUCAAUCAACUAAUUAGCACCGCGAGAACAAGAAUGGUUGACUGGGUGAGCUCCAGUAUCACUGCAGAAAAGUGGGAGCCUCUUUCAGCUCAGUCGGGUGCCUUAUUUUCUUUCUCCGUUGUAGAUUUAUAUUUUAUGCUUGGUGAAGUUAUGGACGAAAUGAUGACAAGGCUUGCAACACUUCCGUUUGGCAAUUUUUACUUUAAAAAUGUUGAAGACGCGAUCUGUACAGCCGUCAGAACAUACGUUGAGCUUUUAGAGAAGUUGUGCUUGCGGGAUCUUCCUGAAGAAACCACCGCAGAGGGCAUAUCAUCUUCCGAGCUAAGUAUUUCAAAGGCACUUUGCGUGAAGUUGAACAACAUGAAUGCUGUCAUGGAACAACACCAGGACUUGGAACGGAGGCUGAUGGAAACACAGCGAAAUAGUAAUGGACGCGAACCCUUGGAAACAGAUGCAGAUGCGAACAAUCUGAGCUUGUUUAAGAUUUUGGAAAGGCACGGAAGUGUGAAAGAUGGUCUCAAUCCCAAGUUUGAGGAAAUACAGCGGUUCACUGAGCAAACAAUUGACAACGUCGUCGGCUCCGUUGUCGAACUCCUACAGGUUAGAAUUGGACGCGAUUUGCAUCUCAUCUUCGAUGAGGCAGCAAUUAGUGACGGUGAAACACUUGAUCAGAACCUGCAACCGUUAACCGGGCAUCUAGAUCAGCACCUUAUGGUCAUGAAUGACUCUUCGCAUCCAGUCGUUUUCCAAAAACUAAUCACGGAGAUAUGUAAAGCUUUAGUUUUCUGUCUGGAGGAGUUUGCGCUGAAUAGGGACGAGGAUCCGAAUCCGAUGACCCCGAAGCAAAGGAGGCUCCUUGAAGAGAGCCUUUCGUUUUUUUAUGACUACUUUUAUGGCGAUGGUCAAGGUCUGGACGGUGGACAAAUGGAUACUAUAACUGCCCGUCUACGUCAGAUCCUGGCUUGCUGGGAUCUUGACACUCGUGAAUUGUGCUCUCUUUACUGGAGAGCUUGGGACCAGUUUAAUACUCAGGAAGAAAAUCGGCAACCUGAAGUUGACGGGAACAGUGGCACGCUCCACAUUCUCGACUAUUUAUGGCUGUUGAAGCAGAGGACUGAUGAUGAAGCCCAUGAGAUAGUCGAGCAACAGAACUUCAUUGCAAACAAACGAAUGAUGCAGUUCAUGUUCGGUCUUCCAAAAGAAGAAGAGCUGGUGGCGUCGUAUUCUUGCAGAAAUCCUCAAAAAGUGCGUGGCACACUAUACGUUACACCAAAACACAUUUGCUUUGCCGAUACGAAGAUGACUCUUGCCGAUAGCCGAAACCUGUACGUGGUCCCAAUUGAUCGCAUGAUGCGCAUUGAGCUCUCAGGCAAACGAUCAAUCGUGCUAAUACCUUUCCAUCAACGCCCUCUAGAGUUCAGCAAGCUGUCCGAUCGCGAUGCAGUUUGCAAAACAAUCUUUGAUCAGGUCGUUGGCACAGGGUCACAUUUGGAGAAGUGCAUGUCGCCCAUUUGGUCCGAGAAGGGGAGACACGCUCCACUCAAGUCUAGUAACAGUGCUGUCAAAGUCUUUAAAUGCUGGCGGCAAGGAAUGCUUCACAAAUACAGUGGAACCUUGCUAGUAACAACGGCUUAUAUCUUGUUUACUCAAGAUGACAAGCAGAAGGUAAUACAAAUGGACCAUACCAGCAUCUCCAAAAUCCAUGCCAGCAGACGAGGCUUGAGACCCAGCGGCGUGGUCAUUGAGCUGAAAAGCGGGGAAGAUUGUGAAUUUUGCGACUUUGAAGGUUACACCGCCCCCGCCAAGGAGAUAGCGAAAGACCUGCACAGCUUGGUCUUCCCUGGCUAAGCGCCGACGUGGACAGCCACAUUCAGCUGACAUUCAAGCCCUAACGACCUAUGGCGGAUGAAAAGGCCACAAGCGGCGAGCACGCGGACUGGACAACGUCGCUGGAGUCGGACAGCGGAGAAGUGAGCGGAGUCCAAGUCGAGGCUGCCGGAGCCGAGGCCGCAGCUGCAGUGGAGCGGAACCACGUAGAGAGGAUGAGACGAGCAGACAAGGCAGAGGAGGAGAGGGGCGUCGCCGCGGCUCGAGCCAAAGCAGGAGAGACCAUCGCCGGGAUAGCGUCGGGCUCGGUGCCGUCCCCUAGGAGAGCUUCGUCUCCUGCCGCUCCCGUUUGGAGGGACAAAGACGAAUGCGAGGCCGCUGCCAAGGACAGAGCACGCUUGGAGAAGAUUGCGAAGGAGAUGGCCGACAUAGCGGCAACGAGAAAGCAAGAAAGAGAGACCACGGCCAAUCCUCGAGACCUCCACGACCUCUCUUGAUUGAAACAACUUCCAUACGAGGUACACUCAAGCUUUUAUUCUCUCGAUCUCGUCUCACGGAGCCCUGCCAGUUGAGAAUAAAUCCCGGAGGGUUUGCUGUAAGUUUGUCCAAUCUAGUUUUAGUCGAUUCUCUGCGUC